AUGUAUGGGCGUUACACACAGGAACUCGGUGUGUAUGCCAAGGAGGAGGCGGCCCGCCUGCGUGAUGGCGGGGGACUGCGGAGGUCCACCAGUAUUCGCAGCCGGUCGGCAGAGCUGCUAGAGUAUGAGAAAGACCCCUGCGCCAAAUGUCAUGUAUGUACGUCUCGCUGUCAGAAGUUCCUGAUCUCUCGUGUGGGCGAGGACUGGAUCUUUCUCAUCCUCCUGGGUCUGGUCAUGGCCCUGGUCAGCUGGGUGAUGGACUACGCUAUAGCCUUCUGUCAACAAGCUCAGAAGUGGAUGUACGGGGGACUGAACAGUAACAUGCUCCUGCAGUACCUGGCCUGGGUCACCUACCCAGUGGUGCUCAUCACUUUCUCAGCAGGGUUCACACAGAUACUGGCCCCGCAGGCUGUGGGUUCGGGAAUCCCAGAGAUGAAGACCAUUCUUAGAGGUGUGGUACUUAAGGAGUAUCUCACCUUUAAAACCUUUGUGGCCAAGGUUAUCGGGCUGACCUGUGCUCUGGGCAGUGGCAUGCCCCUGGGAAAGGAGGGCCCGUUCGUUCAUGUGGCCAGUCUGUGUGCAGCUCUCCUGAGUAAAUGCAUAGCUGCCUUGUUUGGUGGGAUUUACAUGAAUGAGUUGAGGAACACAGAGAUGCUAUCAGCAGCGUGUGCAGUAGGGGUGGGAUGCUGCUUUGCUGCCCCUAUUGGAGGUGUGCUCUUCAGCAUUGAGGUAACCUCAACGUUCUUUGCGGUGAGGAACUAUUGGAGGGGCUUUUUUGCUGCCACCUUCAGCGCCUUCAUCUUCAGAGUACUGGCUGUGUGGAACCAGGACGAAGAGACCAUCACGGCUCUUUUUAAGACACGUUUCCGUCUGGACUUCCCCUUUGACCUCCAGGAGUUGCCAGCCUUCGCCAUCCUGGGGAUUGCGUGUGGUUUUGGUGGGGCCCUGUUUGUCUACCUGAACAGACUUAUAGUAGAGUGUAUGAGGAAACAGAAGACCAUCAACAAGUUCCUGCUUAGGAAACGUCUGGUGUUUCCUGCCAUGGUCACCUUGAUCAUCUCAACCCUUACCUUCCCCCCUGGGUUUGGACAGUUCAUGGCUGGACAGCUGACACAGCAUGAGUCACUGGUGGCGUUGUUGGACAACCGCACCUGGUCUCGCCAGGGCGUUGCCGAGGAGUUUGACUACAUCAGCCACUCCCACGCCUGGAAACACCCCCAGGUCAAUGUCUUCAUCACUCUCAUCUUCUUCAUUGUGAUGAAGUUCUGGAUGUCUGCAGUAGCUACCACCAUGCCUGUACCAUGUGGGGCCUUCAUGCCAGUUUUCCUCAUUGGUGCAGCAUUUGGGCGUCUGGUAGGCGAGACCAUGGCAGUCAUGUUCCCUGAUGGCAUCCAUGCCGAUGGCAGUGUCUAUCCCAUAGUGCCUGGUGGCUAUGCUGUUGUGGGUGCGGCAGCGUUGUCGGGGGCUGUGACUCACACAGUGUCGACGGCGGUCAUCGUGUUUGAGCUGACGGGUCAGAUCAGCCACAUCCUGCCGGUGAUGAUAGCGGUGAUCCUGGCCAACGCCGUAGCCCAGUCCCUCCAGCCCUCGCUAUACGACUCUAUCAUCAGGAUCAAGAAACUACCCUACCUCCCUGAGCUUGGUAUGGGGCACCACGAGAAGUAUAACAUCCGUGUGGAGGACAUCAUGGUUAGAGACGUGCGUUACAUCACUCUCUCCUCCUCCUAUCGAGAUGUACAGGAGGUCCUGCUGACUGGACAGCUCAAAACACUGGCCCUGGUCGAGUCCACGGAUUCUAUGAUCCUGUUGGGUUCUAUAGAGCGCUCUCAGCUCCAGUCACUCCUGUCCCUCCAGCUGGGUCCAUCGCGCAGGCUAGACCACCUCCGGAGGCACGCCAAGGACAAUGACACACAUACACUGGACACACACCUGUCCAACCUGGGCAACAUGGACAAUCCCCUAAGCCCACCCUGCACACACACAUAUUCCAACAGCACCAAUACCAGCGCACGCCAUGGGGUCCGCUUCGUGGUGAGUGUAGCGGAGAUCUCAACAGAGGAGUCCUCCUUCAGCCAAGCUGUGUCCAUCUCUCAGCUGCCACUCAAGUCGGCUAUGAAAACUGUCCCUACUACUCACAACACAGAGGCAACCAACAGUAUGCACACUCUCUCAAUUAAUAGAGACACGCUGACUCCGUCUCCUCUCUCAGGCUCUCAGCAGACCCUCUCCUGUGGUGACCCUGAAAGAGAGCUACUCGAGGAGUCUCCUGAAGUCGAGGAUGACAUGACCACAAACGAAAUAGCGGAGUGGGAGGAGCAACAGUUGGACGAGCCAGUGGAUUUCAACAACUGCAAGAUUGACCCAGCCCCUUUUCAGCUGGUGGAGCAGACGUCUCUGCAUAAGACUCACACCAUAUUCUCUCUGCUGGGGCUGGACCAUGCCUAUGUGACCAGUAUUGGACGAUUGGUGGGAGUCGUCUCCCUCAGGGAGCUUCGUAAGGCCAUAGAAGGCUCAGUGACCGUGACAGGAGUGAAAGUUCGCCCCCCACUGGCCAGUUUCCGUGACAGCGGCAACAACACCACCAGCGUUUCGGAGGUGACAGAGCUACACAAGCUUUGGAACCGCCACAGAGACCUCUCAUUACCACGGGAACCCACCCCGCCUGACAUGGAGGACCAAUUGGACGAUAUGUAUGAGAGUCCUGUCCACUUCACACAGGACCAAUCAGAUUUGGAGUUUGAAACCAGCCCCGCUGACAAUACGGACCUGCCAUCGGAAUUGGUUCUUCAGGAAAGCCUCUCACUAACAGACGACCAAACAGAAGAGUUUAUCUUAGAGUGCAGCCCUUCCCACACUGACGAAUCAGAGCUGGCCUGUGAUUUUGACCCCCCCCACCUCCCUGAGACUUAUCAAUCGGAGCCGGCGAAGGAACAUGGAACCCCGCCCGAGAACAUACAGCAAAUGGACCAAUCAGAACUGCAGUGUGAGCGAAGCCCCACCCGCACUGAGGACCAAUCGGAAUGACAGACAAUUAGAUGAUUCAUGGUUUGUUGAGGUUUCUACAACCUUACAGGUCAUUUUCACCUCAAUCUCCAAGCUGGAUGUCUGUGUCCACGAUGUAUUAGUGGACGUGUUUAACUGUUCUUGUGGAGACCAGAAGUCCCCACAACAAUAGUAAACGAACGAAAAUAUGACCAACUGGGGACAUUUUGUUAGUCCCCACAAGGUCAAAUGCUAUUUCUAGGGGGUUUAGAAUUGCCUAUCUGGUGCUGAUACUACUUUCCCCCAAAUGAGUGAGAGAGAGGGUGAGUGAGAUCAGAAGGAACAACAUGACCAGAUAGAGGGAUAAAACAAAGGAGAGGGAGGGAAGCAAGGGAGGGAAGAAUACAAUCUAUGUGCUGUAUUUACAUGGUAGCUACAUUCAUAUCUGAGGUGAGGACUUUAAAGUGGGAUGGAAAAGGAUAUUUAAGACGAAAUUAUAAGUAACUACCUUAAGGCAGCUGAGAAAAGACCAAUGCAUUGACAUCGCUCAGUCAUAAAAUGCCACCACCACAGGGUUAAGAACAUUUGUGAAGCACAUUGUAAUUAACAUGCAUUUAACUCAAAGUACAUGUAGCCUUGUCUGACGUUAAGGUAGUAGGAAAGAUGUUAGUGUCUUGUAACAGUACAUUUUGUAUCAUUACGUUCCUAGCGAUAGGUAAUGAUUUUUCACAACAUGGAGUGUUAAACAUGUCUCUGGAAUGAUUUUAGUGUUAUUGACAGGAAACUUUGGUUAUGUGGAGAGACAACAGUGAAACUCAGAAUACAUCGAAGUUAAGCACGCACACACUCACAUAGUAAUACAUAUUUGUUCACCAACAUACAAAAUAAUAUUCCUAAGACAGCGCACACACACUAAAAAUGAUUUAUACAGUCUGCCUGGCCUCAAAACCAUUUUAGAAAUAUGUACUACCAACUUAGAAGCACAGUCAUAACUCUCCAAGUCCGCAGAUGAGCAAUAAAAGCCUUGGUUGAAUAAUUAAACUGUGUGUGACUGUUCUCCACUGUCUCAUAAAAUGGGUUCAUUCAAGACGGAUGUUAAAUCAUUAAUAACUUCAACAGUUGAGCCAUAAUAUAUUGUAAAACUAUGCUAUCACAACUUUGGUUCAUUUUCGUCUUAAAGAAAAAUCAGUUGUGCAAUAAUUUGUCUUUUGUAUGCAGAUAGAAUGUGAAGUAGUGCUCGCCAUAUAAAAUAUAAUGUAAAAGGAGUUUAAUGUAGAGUGUAAUAAGCUAAUUAACAGAGCAUCUAGUUAAGCAAUAAGUCCGACGUUUCUCUCUUUAUAUUGCACCGGCCUGUAUAUGCGUUGUACAUAUGAAGAUAGAUUAUGACAAAUCUACGCACACUCUUGAGCAUAGGAGAAUAUGCAUUUGAGAUUAACAGCCAUUGUUGUUUUUUGUACAUCAGUGAUGGAUUAAAUUUCAACAAAACUUUGAGAUGUAACUCUGUUCUGUGUGCUUGUGUUGGUCAAUUUCCCCUUGUCUCCUAUCAGAGAUGGGGGGGGGGGGGGAAAUGAUCAAAACUUCACAGCAUGGUCCAACACUAACAAUCCAUAGAGAACCAAUGAAAUAACAACACUUCUCAGUAAUCCAGUUAACUCAAAUACAUAGUAACAUUAGCAAGGAUUGAGAGAAAACGAAGAGGAAAAGUGCAGGGAGACGAGACAAAGGGAAGGAAGGAUGAUAAGUAAAGGCCAGACAUCCUCUAAGUUAGUGUCUACAGAAUGUUCAAAAUAGAUUUUUUUCCUCACCCAUCUACACAAAAUACACCAUAAUUGCAAAUGAAAUACAGAAAUCUCUCCUUUAUAUAAGUAUUCACACCCCUGAGUCAAUACAUGCUAGAAUCACCUUUGGGUACAUUUCUAAUAGCUUUGCACACCUGGAUUGUACAAUAUUUGCCACAAUUAUUUUAAAUACUUCAAGCUCUGUCAAGUUGGUUGU